AUGGCCGCUCGAGCCCGGGUCCCCGCGGCCGGGCCCGCGUGCCCGUGAGCCGGUCCCCUCCCGCCGGGGAGGGGGGGUGCCGGUGCCCGGGAACACACCGUUAACACACCGUCAACACACGGUUACCGGAGGAACGCCAUCUUGUGUGCGCGGAGCGGCGGGCCGGACUGUCCGCCAUUUACUGAGCGGUCCACCCCCGGGUCCCGGGAGCCCGAACCCGGGGAACCCGAACCCGAACCCGGGGACACAGCCAGCGAGGCCCCGGGGCCGGCGGGCACCGAGCACCGGGGCCGAUCCCCCGGUACCGAGGAGGAAGCUAACGUUCACUCGGACUGUUAGCUACAAGCUAGCGGUAGCUACAGGCUAGCGUUAGCUACAGGCUAGUGUUAAGCUAGCGUUAGCCUGCCCGGUGAAGCUGCUUCACACCGGACAUGAUGACGCUGUAUUCGCGGUAGCCUCGCAGCUGUUAGCACGUUAGCUUAGCUCCAAGUUUCACAAGAAAACACGUUCGUUUCCUGCGCAUGAAUUUAAAUAGUAACGUAAAUAAAUCUGCGUGAACGCGAAGUCACAGUCCCGCUCCGCUAAAGGCAACGGAGCGCGUGUACGCGCCCAUGUGCGCGUGUCCGCUGUAGUAGAUCAACAUGAACUGUUGGUGUGAAACUGGGGGGGGGCAUGACGUGAGACACGAUGAAAUGAUGUCACCUGGGGAUGACGUCAUUAACAAUAUAUCAGAUCAUGUAGAAUCGGAUGUUUUUCAGUUUCCUUCAGUAGCAAACAGGAAGUGAUCAGUCAGCAGCUUUUAUUUUUUUAAAGAACAGGAAGUGAUCACAGUCAGCUGCUUUUACUUUGAAAGUAAACUGAUACAGGAAAAUAAACCGUCCACAGAUGAUGUGUGUUUUGAUGGUUUGCGGAGGUCACAUGGUUGUGUGAACGUUGUGUUGCCGUGACGACAGCCUCACUGAGUGUUUGUGCAGAUGACGGAGACGGUGAAGUACGUGGACGACGACCACAGGAGCAUCUUCCUGAAGCUGCUGAACGAGCAGCGGCUGGAGGGCGAGCACUGUGACAUCGCCGUGGUCGUGGAGGACGUGAAGUUCCGUGCUCACCGCUGUGUCCUCGCCGCCUGCUCCAACUACUUCAAGAAACUCUUCAAGAAACAUGAGGUGGACAACUCGUCUGUGAUCGAGAUCGACUUCAUCCGCUCCGACAUCUUUGAGGAGGUGUUGAACUACAUGUACACGGCCAAGAUCUCCGUCAGGAAGAGAGACGUUAACCUGAUGAUGUCAUCGGGACAGAUCCUGGGCAUCCGCUUCCUCGACAAGCUGUGCUCGCAGAAACGAGACGUGUCGUCAGAAGACAAAGACAAGUUCCCGUACGACAUCGUGAAGAUGGCGCUGCCGCCGGAGGCUCAGCUGGAGUCUGAGGUCCUCGGCGAGCACGACGACACGCCCACCGCCGAUGACCUCGUGGAGGCAGCAGCCAAUCAGGAGCUGGAUAAGUCUCCCAGUGCAGUGCUACGAGUCCAGGAAGCAAUCCUGAAGGAACUGACCAAUGAAGAUGUACACAAGGUUACGUGUUAUGACCAGGAUGUGGUGACAGACAUGGAGGCUGAGCCUAAGGAGCUAGGGGCGGAGCAUCACGCCACCCAGACGCUGACGUUUGCUGACAGUAUGGGCGAGGUGAAAGACGAGCAGCCGCCUGGUUGGUCGACAGCCACGACCGACAUGAAGUUUGAAUAUUUGUUGUAUGGACACAGAGAACAACUUGCCUGUCAGGUGUGUGGGAAGAGCUUCCUGGACGAGAGCCGCCUCAGGAAACACGAGAAGCUCCACUCGGCCGAGCGUCCGUUUGCGUGUGAGAUCUGCACCAAAGCUUUCACCACACACGCUCACCUGAAAGAACACCUGAAGAUCCACACGGGAUUCAAACCAUAUCGAUGUGACGUUUGUGGAAAAUCGUUCAUCAGAGCGCCGGACCUUAAAAAACAUGAACGAGUUCACAGCAACGAGAGACCAUUCGCCUGCCAGAUGUGUGACAAGGCGUUUAAACACAAGUCUCACCUGAAGGAUCACGAGAGGAGACACAGAGGAGAGAAACCAUUUGUCUGUCCGUCCUGCACCAAGGCCUUCGCCAAGGCAUCAGAUCUGAAGCGUCAUGAAAACAACAUGCACAGUGAGAGGAAGCAGCUGAAUCCACUGCAGAGCGACACAGAGGCACUGCAGGCCGCCGCCAUGGCUGCAGAGGAGCAACAUCUGGACAGCAUCAGCUGAUCCACACAUCUGGACAGCAUCAGCUGAUCCACACAUCUGGACAGCAUCAGCUGAUCCACACAUCUGGACAGCGUCAGCUGAUCCACACAUCUGGACAGCAUCAGCUGAUCCAAACAUCUGGACAGCAUCAGCUGAUCCAAACAUCUGGACAGCAUCAGCUGAUCCACACAUCUGGACAGCAUCAGCUGAUCCACACAUCUGGACAGCAUCAGCUGAUCCAAACAUCUGGACAGCGUCUGCCGAUCCAAACAUCUGGAUAGAAUCAGCUGGUCCAAACAUCUGGAUAGCAUCAGCUGAUCCAAAAAGUUUGGGUGGACUCCAGCUGUUGAUGACAUCAUCAUUCAAACAUUUUCUCUGUAUCUUAUGGUUUAUUUUUAACAGAGACCUUUUAUGACUUUGUUUGUGUUGAAGUCGUUUCCUCGUGUGCGACAGUAAACAUGAAUGACCUCAGCAGUCAUGUGAUCCACGGUUCAUGUACGAUCUCACAUUGUUUUUACACGUGAAACCAAACUGUACAGAAAGCAGCUGAUUUUCAAGCUGCUGGUUUGUGUAUAAAACCGUUGCUCUGUUCAGUUUCAUGAGCGAGUCGCUGUCAGAACACGUCUGUUUCUUUCAUCACGUUAACUACAGGAGCCCAGAGGGAACACACGUGAACUGAGCUUUUUACACAGUUCCACUGAAAAUAAACCUUUUCAUUCACA